AACUAAAAAUAAUAUUAAUAAACUAUUGAGGUUAUCAUUUCCGGUUAGUGAACAACCACCUUCGACAGCGCUGAAGCAUUAACGAAGUUGACCACUCCAGGCCAGUAGGUAGCAGUAAUAUAAGUUUAUCGUGUAGAAGACGGAAAUAUAGCCACGGCAACCUGGAAGCUAAUGGCGAAAAGCUUGUAAAUGGCUCGAGCGUUUUGUUAUCGAUAUUGCAUUUCCCCCCGAUGCCUCUAUAGUAUUGACAAGUUGUACUUUUAGAGGAGUAUCAUACCAACUAACCAGUGAGUUGUAUAGCUCGAGCGUCAUGCUAACUGUAUGAUAGCAAGGACGACGACCAUCCAUUUAGGUAAUGCUAACGGUGCUUGUUUGAAAGCCUCGUUUCGACAAGACUUCCUAAUAGUUGCAGUUAUACGCAAAGCAUGGCGCUAAAGUCAGGAGAGGAGCGUCUGAAGGAGAUGGAGGCAGAGAUGGCUCUGUUUGAGCAAGAGGUUCUGGGUGGACCGGUGCCAAAGGCGGGAGGCCCGCCUGUCAUGGAGGCUGUACCCGUAGCUCUGGCUGUCACAGCGCUGCCGGUCGUCCGACCAAUCAUUGGCACCAACACCUACAGACAGGUACAGCAAACACUUGAGGCAAGGGGAGCCUUUGUGGGACCUCCACCACCGACCUUUGUUGGGCCAGUCCCUCCAGUACCUGCUCCCCCUCCUCCUCCGAUGAUGAGACCAGCCUUUGUUCCCCACAUCCUGCAGCGGCCUGGUGCUCAGAGGAUCCAUAUCAUGCCUCCUGCUGCCCCUCCUUUGCCACGGCCUCCUCCACCUCCGCCAAUGAUGAUCCCGCCUUCCCUGCAGGGCCAAACACCCCAGGGUGUCUCCUCGCCCAUCCAGCACAUGGCUGCUGCACCUCCGGUCAGCGAUAUGAUGUCUAUGGUAUCCACUCCACCCACAAGACCAGGAGUCCCGCCUUCCAUCAAGUCGGCCCCAACAAUCUUCCAGGCUGCGCCGACUGUUUACUCUGCCCCUCCUGUCACGGUUGGACCCCCCAAAAAUGAUGUUCGAGCCCAGCGGCAAGCCAGAAUGGAGGAGCUGGCUGCUCGGGUAGCCGAGCAACAGGCGGCAGUGAUGGCAGCAGGCCUCCUGGACAGGAGGGACAGCGAGGACAGCAGUGCUGUCAUCGGACCCAGUAUGCCUGAGCAUGAACCUCACAGGGAGGUACACAAGCCUGUGGAAAGUUCAUCGGAUGACAAGAAGGGAAAGACAAAGACUGAGAAGGUGAAGAAGUGCAUUCGAACGGCAGCAGGGACUUCCUGGGAGGACCCCAGUCUGUUGGACUGGGAGACAGAUGACUUCCGUAUCUUCUGUGGUGACCUUGGUAAUGAGGUCAAUGAUGACAUCCUGGCCCGAGCCUUCAGCAGGUAUCCGUCCUUCCUCAAAGCAAAGGUGGUGAGAGACAAGCGCACAGGAAAGACGAAAGGCUACGGCUUUGUCAGCUUCAAAGAUCCAAACGAUUACGUCCGAGCCAUGAGGGAGAUGAACGGGAAGUACGUUGGUAGCCGCCCCAUCAAACUGAGGAAGAGCAUGUGGAAGGACCGGAACAUGGAGGUUGUACGGAAAAAGCAGAGAGAGAAGAAGAAGCUGGGCCUCAGAUAGUCUUCCAUUGACACCCCCCAGCAGAUAUACAGUAUACCCUCCCCUUUUUAAAUAAAGUUAAACCUUCAUACUUAACAUGUCUACUUUUGCUUUUUUACUUAGGACAUACUUGACUUUAUAGUGCUUGUGUUGCCACACCUGCCAACCUUUGCAUGAAAUAUAUUUCAUACGUUUUCUGGGAAAUAAGGGAAAAUCUGGUCGUCUGCUGGAAAGACGUGGCUGCGUACUGUGGCGCGCACGUGUUAUUUUAGUGCCGUAGCUAAAGAUAACAUGAAAGUAUUAAAACGGGAGGGUUGCCAGGUAUGCACAGGGCAUCACUAUCUUGCACCGACAUUGCAUCAGUACGUCGUGUGUGUAUGCUGUACAUUUUAUGCGCUGUUAUUUGGGGUCAAAAGCCCUAUGUGAUGAUACACAUUUAGAUACACGGGUUACGAUACGAUUACAAAAAUAUAUUUUAAAAAUUUGAUAGUGUACAAACGAUACGAUUCGAUGCUACAGU